CGUACACAAUGGUCGGUAAUAUGAUUUCAAUGGAGUUUCCUAGCUCAUAAAAAGUAUCUCUGGUGUUAUACACCACUGUUGGAUGAGAGCGUUUUGUGAUUCUCGCAGUGCAGCGUGGGAUAGCGGAGGCGCAACCGACCGAGAGAAAUGGAUGUGUUUCUGAUGAUCCGGCGUCACAAGACGACCAUCUUCACUGAUGCCAAAGAGUCCACUACGGUCUACGAACUGAAGCGCAUAGUGGAGGGUAUCCUAAAGAGGGCACCGGAGGAACAGAGGCUGUACAAGGAUGACAUGUUGCUGGAGGAUAGUAAGACUCUUGGAGACUGUGGCUUCACAAAUCAGACAGCCAGACCUCAGGCCCCAGGGACUGUUGGAUUAGCUUUCCGUCUCGGUGAUGAUGCAUUUGAGCAGCUGAGGGUUGAGCCCUUCUCCAGCCCCCCAGAGCUUCCUGAUGUCAUGAAGCCUCAGGACUCUGGCAGCACAGCCAAUGAGCAGGCUGUGCAGUGAAGGAAGGAAGGGAAGGAAGUUCUGGGGGUGGUGCUUUGGCUUAGGUAGGCUGGCUUUACAGACUGCUUUAGGGUAACAUGCGAGUGUACCGGUGAGAUCUUUAACUUUGCAGGAAGAACAUGAAUUCCUUCUCACACAGAGGGGAGUAUUUUCAUGUUAUUCCUGAACGAGGCUCACGCAUGUUUAGAUUCACUCACAAGAUCCCUCAACAAACAUUUCUAAUUUGUCAGGCCACUGUCAGUAAGGGGGUUUGGAAAAAAUGAGAAGUACCUCCUAAUUUAAUUCAUACUGGGCUUUUGGGUAGGGUGUAGCCUGUUUUGGCUUGAUGGGGAUUUGAGAAUGGAGUGGCUAUUACAUUUUUAGAAUGCCCUCUUGCUGAUUUGCUUUUUUCUUUAUUCAAUAUUAAUAUUACAAUUUAGCGUUUUUUAAUUACUCCUUGGGGUGUUAGUAUGUGGCGCAACAAAGGGUUUGUGAGUUUGUUAUUAGCUUAUCUAGAUAACAUACGCAUGAAUGGAUCUGAAAAACACACAAACAUGUUGAUGACAUAAAAUGUAUAGCAGAACACAUGUACUUGCAGACACGGAUGGACACACACACAGAGAAUGGUGUGAAGAUUUACAAUCGUCAGUUUUUAUUUCAGUGUAAAGGUAUUAAGCUUUCCCACUACCUGGUUUUUGUUUGCUUGUUUCUUUACUUUUGAACCUUUGCACUGGAGUUCCUGUGUAAUUUCCCCCCCUUGAUUCUCUAUACAAAACUGUACCAAUUUGGCCCCUAUCCCUCUUUUUUGGGGGGCUAUAUAAAAUGGAAACCUUCAGGGGAAAGAGACAGGAAUCACUAAUCUUUUGCGAUAAACAAGCAUGAAGGUACAAAUUACUGGUGUUGAAUUGAAAUAGGUGUAAACUGUCUCAAUUAGAUUCAACAACCUGACGAGGGUGGUUGUCAUGCCCUUUUUUUAAAGAUAUGAUGGAUAUGGUCCACCAACAAGCUCUUUUAAAACAGGACUUUAUGAAACAAGCAACACCUGUAAUUGUCUUGAGUUGACAUAAAAAAAAAAACAUUUUCUUUGUCACCUCCUGUGUGGUAUAUUGCUAAUGGACUCUGUGAAAGAUUUUGUGCCAUUCACUUUACUUGGUAUUUGUCAUUCAUAUGGUGAAAUAAAAUCAGUUCAGUGAAAUUUGAAAUUGCCAAGAUUGUAUGGUAGUGUUAUACUACAGCCAGAAAGAGGUAAGCUCUUGCACUUGCUUAAUCUAAACUAGCUACAGCAGGAGAAUGUGUUUGUAGCAGGCUGGAUGAGAGCCAGUCAGAAAUGUAGCUAGCUAAUUUAGAUAAAGGGUCAAGUAGGUAACUUUAUUAAUUUACACAAUUGAGGAAGUGGAUUAGCGAGUUAGCUAUAACACAAUAAUAGCCUAUUAGUUACCUUAAUAUUUGUUAAUAAAUUACCUUGGUAAAAUGUUUAAUGGCUAGCUAGCCUGUAAUUUAGUGUGUUGGCUGAACAAGCAUGUCCUUUUGCAUCAACUAUAUUUAAAUGAAUGAACUAAACCUCAGUAAAUACGGUAUUUAGCAUAUUUUCGGUGGUCCUCGAUCGUUUCGUUGGUCCACUCAUCUUUCGUGAUAAAGGUACAAAUUACUGUCUCGGAGUCAACCAUCUGUUGUGGUUAUCAUUCUCUUACUAAGAUAUGAUGGAAAUAGUUCGCCAACAAUGCUCUUUCAAAAACAGGACAACCACAAAGUCCUUUUGUUGACAUACAAACAAUGCAUUUGUCAGCCCCUGUGUGGUAUAUUGUUAUUGCUUUCGUUAAUGCACACUAUUCUGUGAAAUGCUUUUGUGCCAUUCACUCUGUCAUUCAUAUGGUGAAAUAAAAUCUGUUCAGCAGUAAAAUUAGGAAAUGUUCAGGAUUUUAUGAUAGUGUAUUAUACUACCGCCAAAAGAGGGUGAUAUAUUUUUUUUACUGUAUUACGCUAGCUACAGCAGAAUAUAUUUCCCAGCGCCUGUAGGGAUGGGCAUUGGCAGUUGAAUCCGAAUAAAGAAGUUAAUUGAG